GGUCAAAACAUGCACUGCUGCAUGUAAUCCAGCAGUAAUCCAGUCGCACAUGGCUCAGCUCUUUCAUGUUUCACGCUAUUAUUGGAUGUUUCCUCCUGAAACAGGACGUGAGGUCGGUGGUAGUGUGUCUGGCGGAGUUCCUGGUGAAGAAUCUGUCUGGAGCAGCGAUUGACAGCAUAGUGAAACUGGUCACCUUCCAUAAUAUGGAGAAAGAUGACAAGGCCAACUACAAGUUCCUACCUGAAGACAUCAAGGACAAAAACAAGGGGAAUUUCCUCCGCAAAGAGACAAUAGGAGACUGGAAGAACUCAUUGACAGUGGCCCAGAGUGAAGGUUUUGACCGGUUCCACCAGGAGAAGAUGAAGGACUUACCUCUCAACUUCAUCCGAGACAUCACUGAGCUGCCGGGCUGAUACAGACAUACAUACACACACAUAUGCGAA